GCCUGAUAACAGAGACAGAGUGAUAAAAGUGAUAAUUUUGCGUUAAUACACUGCGGUCGCGACUAGGCCAAAAGUCGACUAAUUAUUAUUAUAUAAAACACUGCACUACGAGUAUCGCAAUCAUUAUACACGCUUGUAUAUAUUAAAUAGUGAAUUAACGCGAGUGAGAGUUUUCAAUUGUAAAUAAAUAUCAUGGCUGAGAAACAAAUAAAAAAUCGUGUGUGCAUUGUGGGUUCAGGAAACUGGGGAUCUGCGAUAGCAAAAAUUGUUGGUAGAAAUGCAGCGCGCCUUUCAAAUUUUGAAGACAGAGUCACAAUGUGGGUGUACGAAGAGAUCAUUGAAGGCAAGAAGUUGACGGAAAUUAUUAAUGAAACACAUGAAAAUGUCAAAUACCUUCCAGGUCAUAAAUUACCAGAGAAUGUAGUUGCUGUACCAGAUCUAGUGACAGCAGCUAAAGACGCCGAUCUCCUGAUAUUUGUUGUGCCACAUCAGUUUGUGAGAACACUAUGUUCUACACUUCUUGGACAAAUUAAGCCUACAGCUGCUGCGUUAUCACUUAUCAAGGGUUUCGACAUCGCUGAAGGUGGCGGUAUUGACUUGAUCUCACAUAUCAUUACAAGAUGUUUGAAGAUUCCUUGCGCGGUACUCAUGGGUGCCAACAUUGCGUCAGAGGUAGCAGAAGAAAAGUUCUGCGAAACAACCAUUGGUUGUCGUGAUGUAAUGCUGGCCCCGCUGAUGAGAGACAUCAUCCAGACAGAGUACUUCAGGGUGGUGGUCGUUGAUGAUGAAGAUGCUGUUGAAAUCUGCGGUGCUCUGAAGAAUAUAGUGGCUGUUGGUGCUGGCUUCGUGGAUGGUUUAGGGUUCGGUGACAACACGAAAGCAGCGGUCAUCAGACUCGGUUUGAUGGAGAUGAUCAAAUUCGUCGAUGUCUUCUAUCCGGGCAGCAAACUUAGUACCUUCUUCGAGUCCUGCGGUGUAGCCGAUCUUAUUACUACCUGUUAUGGUGGCAGAAAUCGUCGUGUAGCUGAAGCGUUUGUGAAGACCGGCCGAUCGAUCAAAGAGCUGGAAGACGAAAUGCUGAAUGGACAGAAGUUGCAGGGUCCCAUCACCGCUGAGGAGGUUAACCACAUGCUUGCCAACAAGAAUAUGGAGAAUAAGUUCCCGCUCUUCACAGCUGUCUUCCGUAUCUGCCGUGGCGAGUUGAAGCCCAACGAUUUCAUUGAUUGCAUCCGUUCCCACCCCGAGCACAUGAAACCGUUGGCGCCAAAAUGCUCUCUGUGACGACUGAAGCUAUUUGUGACAGUGACAUUUUAUCAUUCACUUCAAGUGCCAUUGUUUUGCAGUAAUGUCAUUUAGCCCCGAGUUGCUAUUAGUCCAAAAAUUCUAAUGUAAUUUUGACCUUGACACUAAUGGUAAUGGCGCCAACAAUGUCAGUGCCAAAAUUGGUGUAAUUUUAUUUUGUACUAACAUUGUUUAAUGAUUACAUUGAAUUAUAAAGACGAUUCUUAUUCCUUGAAGUAACGACUCGGGGCCUACGUGUUGUUCAUUAUUAGUUUAGUAUAUUAUUGAACAUAUUUUAAUUAGCCGUCGUGAAAUGGAAAUACAUAUACAAAUCGAGUAUGUUAUUAUAUAUUAUGUAAGGUUUGAUUUUUUUUUUAAGAUCACUGUCGAAUACUUACAAUAAUAGUUUUGGCAGAUAAUGUUUUUGUGCCUUGUGCAUUGUUAUGUUUCAUUGUUUAUACAAAGUAAGUUUUAAAUGUGCAAUAAUGUGGAAGAUUUGGGGUCU